CUCUGUUUGCGUCGUCUCCUGGCGUAGAGAUGAUGGGCUUCCCGUAACUGGAGGUGGAGGAGAGAGGCGGGGGUGGGGGUAGCGAGAAAAAAGGAGGGGUGGGUUUAAAAAAAAAAAAAACACUAAGAGAAACAAAAGCACAGUUAUGUGUGCCUGAAACCAUGCGAGAUUUGCACUAUUCUCAAAGAACGCUGCUCUAUCCGUGGACCAUGUCGUGAGGUGUGGCUCCAGCGCUCGGGAUACUGCCAAUAGAUACGUCUGGGAGCAGGGCAAAAGAUGUCUGCCUCGGUAGGGCCCCAAAGCGGCCCUCGCCCACCCACCGUGCCGGCUCCCAUGCCUGAUAUGCCGGACUUGAGUCACCUCACGGAGGAGGAAAGGAAAAUCAUCAUGGCAGUGAUGGUUCGGCAAAGGGAAGAAGAGGAGAAGGAACAAGCCAUGCUAAAGACACUGCACCAGCAGUUUGAGAGUUAUAAGGAGCAGGUGAGAAAGAUUGGGGCAGAAACAAAACGACAGCAGGCUGUCCAUAAAGAUGAUGCACCUACCUGUGGCAUCUGCCGUAAGACCAAGUUUGCAGAUGGCUGUGGGCAUCUGUGUUCCUACUGCCAGACCAAGUUCUGCGCCCGCUGCGGGGGAAGAGUGUCGUUGCGUUCAAAUAAUGUGAUGUGGGUAUGUAACCUGUGCAGGAAACAGCAGGAAAUUCUAACUAAAUCAGGAGAAUGGUUUUCAUCAGGGCCUGGGGCUAGGCCUCUUAGUGUGGGCGCUCCCCUCAGUGGCUCCGAGUUGGAGAAGGACAGGAAGUUGCGCUCCAGAUCCCAGGCUCCGGGCACUAACAACACUCUGCCACCCAAUACUGGCCCUGGUUACCCCACCAAGGGAGCAGAUAUGAUGCCCACCUUACGCUCCCGCAGCGAACCACCACGAGACAAGAAGAGACCUGUGUCCCUGCACGAGCAGAAUGGAAAGGUGAUUGGACGUGGAGAGAGAAGGCGGGGACCAGCCAGGUUGUCAUCACAGGCCUCUGAAGAUCGAGCUCCAGGUGAGAAGCGAGACAUCAGACGAUUGGAGAAAGGCCACUCACAGGAAUACCCAGAGGAUGAUCCCACCCAUCCUGAGCGGCGAAGGAGGCAAGAGGAGGAAGAGCGAGAGCGACAAAGACGAGAAGAAGAAUACCAGACCCGUUACCGCAGUGACCCGAACCUAGCCCGCUACCCUGUUAAACCACAGAAGGAGGAACAGGAAAUGCGUAUGCAUGCCAAAGUGUCCAAAAUGCGUCAGGAGCGCCAUCACAGCGACUUAGCCAUCAACGAAGUGGGAUUGAUCCAAGAUGGGGGUGAGGCUGCUGGAAAUCGAAUUAGCAGGCAACGAGUAGCUAACAACGACGACCGCAAGGCCCUUUUAGAGAACCAUAGAGCGUAUUCUAUGGACAGGACCAUGGUGGGUGGUGUUGGAAUACAAGGAUCCAUCGCUAAACAGGGCCACGGUAGCCCUCACAUGGGCCCUGCAGGGCCCCCAGACCUCAGGGAUGGACAGGACUGGGGCCCAAAGGGGCAUCUGGAACCUGGGUCCGCAGCUUUUCUGCACAGGGCUAAGCGAGAAAAGGCAGCAGAAAUCAUGCGUAAAGAUUCAUCUCUCAGCUCGGACCAAUCGGAGUCAUUACGGCCACCUCCACCAAGAGCUUAUAGACCCAAACGAGGCCUCAAUAAAAGGCAGAUGUCCAUCAGUAGCUCGGAAGAAGAGGGUGGCUCCACGCCUGAAUACACCAGCUGUGAGGAUGUGGAGAUUGAAAGUGUUAGUGAAAAAGGUGACUGGGACUGUCAUCCUCUGGAUCCCACUGUGUGGCAUCAUCCAGUGAGCUGGCAGCCAUCCAAGGAGGGAGAUCAUUUGAUUGGCCGCAUCACUUUAAGUAAGCGCUCUACCAUGCCGCGAGAAGCCGGUUCCCUACUGGGUCUGAAGGUGGUUGGUGGGAAAAUGACGGAGUCAGGGAGACUGGGGGCCUUUAUCACCAAAGUAAAGAAAGGAAGUUUGGCUGACAUCGUAGGCCAUUUACGAGCAGGUGAUGAGGUGUUGCAGUGGAAUGGAAAGGCUUUGCCUGGAGCAACUAAAAAGGAAGUGUACAAUAUUAUUCUAGAGUCCCAGUCAGCACCUCAAGUGGAAAUAGUUGUUUCCAGACCAAUUGGAGAUACACCUAGACUUCCCGGGACAUCACAUCCUCCUCUAGAAUCAACUGGUUCGAGUUCUAUAGAUGAAUCACAAAAGAUGGACCGUCCAUCCAUCUCUGUAAUGUCACCAACUAGUCCCGGGAUGUUGAGAGACCUCCCUCUGGUACUGCCAGGCCAGCUGUCGGUGAAAUUAUGGUAUGAUAAAGUGGGCCAUCAGCUUAUUGUAAAUGUCCUACAAGCACGAGAACUGCCCCCCCGACCUGACGGACGACCCAGAAAUCCCUACGUCAAAAUGUAUUUUCUUCCUGAUAGAAGUGACAAGAGCAAGAGAAGGACGAAAACUGUGAAGAAGAGUGCAGAGCCAAAAUGGAACCAGACGUUCCUGUAUUCUCACAUCAACCGCAGAGACUUCAGAGAGCGCAUGUUGGAGAUCACUGUUUGGGACCAGCCCAGAGUCCAGGAAGAAGAGAGUGAAUUUCUGGGAGAGAUUCUGAUUGAGCUGGAAACAGCUUUAUUGGACGAUCAGCCACACUGGUACAAAUUGCAGACCCAUGAUGUGUCAUCCCUACCGUUGCCUCAGCCAUCCCCCUGCCUCCCACGCAGACAUGUUCAUGGAGAUAGUCCUAGUAAAAAACUACAAAGAUCUCAUCGCAUCAUUGAAACAGAUUAUGAUGAUGGUAUAACAGUAGUGUCCUCAGCAGCAGAGAGGAACUCCAGAGACAGAGAGAGGUCAAGUACGCUGACCGUACCUGAAAGACAGGCGGCCAUACAGCAUCGCUCGCGGUCAGUAUCCCCGCACAGAGAGGACCAAUGUAGAGCCCGGUCACGACCUGCACAUGUCCCUAUGCAGAGGAGUCUGGAUGAGAUCCACAAAAACCGUCAUCAUUCCUACUCUCCCUCUCGUUACCAUGACUCCCACCAGGAACAUCGCUCCGGAGAUUCUGACUAUGAAUAUUCAGAAGACAGCGAGGUCCUGGAGAUGCACAGAUCAAUCCGAGGUGGGAGUGCUGAGUGCCUGCAUACAAACAGUGAUCUUCAGCCUUCAUUAGACAGAGUAAGAAGUGCCAGCACAACUUGUUUAAGACCAGAGUCAAGCUUCCACUCACCUGAACGAGAAAGUCAUUUUCCAUCUCAAAGGCAUUCUGGCAAUUUGGAUAGGCCAAGCUGUCAGAUAGCCAACAAGAAAACCAUUGAUGGUGACAGACUUCAGCCCACCUCUAUCCUGAGGGGCAGCAGGAGGAGGAGAGAGCCUCCCCUCAAGCCCUUUGGCCAGACAAGCUUAGGGGGUUCCUGCCCUAACUCCCCACGAGCUGACAGAGAACUUCCACAUGGUGGACAUUAUUCCCCAGCAGGGACCACGUCAUUAGGGCGCAGAGGCAGGCAACUGCCACAACUCCCUGCAAAGAGCAGCAGUAUAGAGCAAGAACAUGUCAACAGUAAACCUGAGGAGAAACCUAAGUCAGCACUAGCAGUGGAGGAGCGGGCUCGUCAGUUGCAGAUGAGAGUGCCCUCCUAUCGGCCAGGCUCUUCUUCCAGCUUUGGUCACGACCCAGAGGCAGAGCUCAAGAACAGGAGAGAUAUGUAUAAGGACCAGAGGAGGAGUUGUGAUAACAUGUCUGCGAGGUCAUCAGACAGCGACAUGAGCGAUGCUUCAGCUAUCUCCCAUGCCAGCAGUGCCUCACGGCUGAGCGCCACCAGCUACAUGUCCAUUCAGUCUGAGAGGCCGCAUGGGAGAAUGAGUCGCCAAGUCAGAGCCUCAUCUGGUCGGAGUAUGCUAAAAAGCACAAGCGUUAGCGGUGAUAUCAACACAUCAGAACGAACAGACGGCAGCCAGUCUGACACUGCCCUGGGAACAGUCGGAACUGGAGCUAAAAAGCGUCGCUCCAGCCUUAAUGCUCGAUUUGUGGCUAUUGUGGGAAACCGUCGCAGCCGAAGCACCUCACAGAUCAGUCAAACGGAGGCAUCCAAUAAGAAGUCGAAGGGCAGUCAAGGGACAAUCCAGCGCAGUCAGGAGACAGGAAUGGCUGUGGAACUGCAGAGGAAUAUGAGCCGUCAACCCAGCCGAGAAUCCAACAACGGAAGCAUGAACAGCUACAACUCAGAGGGCAGUCCAAUUUUUCCAGCAGUUCGAGUCGAGACUCAGUUCAGUGACUUCCUGGAUGGACUGGGCCCUGCUCAACUAGUUGGUCGACAAACCCUAGCCACACCAGCAAUUGGUGACAUUCAGAUUGGCAUGGUGAAUAAGAAAGGCCAGCUGGAGGUGGAGGUGAUAAGAGCACGUGGUCUCAUCCAAAAACCAGGAUCCAAAUCACUCCCUGCUCCAUAUGUCAAAGUCUAUCUUCUACACAAUGGGGCGUAUGUAGCUAAGAAGAAGACAAAAAUUGCACGCAAGACACUCGACCCGCUGUACCAGCAAGCACUGCAGUUUGAAGAAAGUCCACAGGGCAAAGUGUUACAAGUAAUUGUCUGGGGAGAUUAUGGGCGAAUGGACCACAAAUCCUUCAUGGGAGUUGCACAAAUCCUACUAGAGGAGCUGGACCUCUCCAGCAAUGUCAUUGGCUGGUACAAACUUUUUCCGCCUUCUUCCCUAGUCGACCCAACUCUUGCCUCUCUAACUCGACGUGCUUCUCAGACAUCCCUGGACAGUUCACCGGCACCUGCGGGGGUUCGUUCGUAGUGGACUAACAAUAUAAAGCACAGUCAAUACACGCUGAGAGACAACGGGACAACAAUAAGAGCCAGGCAGAAAAUGCGAUGAAAUAACACAAAGCUUUGUUAAAAUCUGACAAUCACUCCUGUGACUUUGUUUUUAUGUUUUCCUCUUUGUGGGUAGCCCGUGUUCUGACAAAUUUGUUUGUCCUAAACAAAGUUGUUUGUUUCUCUCACUGUUUGUUGCGUGAGACUUAGGGCUGUCUAGCACACUAGCACGUGGAAAGCACCGCUUUAGGGUGACAUAGAAAGCAGGGUGAUAUUCAGUCAAGUCUUCAUUAAAGAAAUGUACGUUAGCUAGUUUUUAACAGAGCAUCAGAAUGUAUCAACCCAAAAACAAAGGUGACCUCUGACCAAGGGAUUGUGGGGCCUCAGCCGAGGCCCUGUCUAAACCCUGUUUGUACUGAAAGUCAAAGGUCAGGCACUGGAAAGAUGUAGGGUGUCCCCUGGGGAGGUUGUCUGGAAGGGCAGGGCCUUUCUUGGUGCCUAAACCUGGAGGACCCAAAGCCAUGGUUCAUAUCCUCCAAAAAGUUCCUCUGUUUUCAAUGCUUGUGACAGCUAGCAGAGGCCACUCUCUUCUAGAAGUUAUUUUUUAUUUGUUUGAUUUUAUUUUUUUUAACCUCUCUGGCACGUUUUAUGAAAAUCAAGAGGUUUGUGUUGUCUAGUGUGCUGUGAAAAUGACAGAAAAUGCUAAAAAUGAGAUUGAAGACAACGUAUCUGGAAAAAUACACAUUUCUUUGCACAGUAUACAUUUUUAUUUAAAGUUAACUUAAACUAUUACAUUAUCCUACAGUACGUUGCAAUACAUCAUCUUAUUCAGUGAAUUCAAUCCGAUUUGUAGCACUUAUCAUUAAAUGCUAUUAAAAAGUAUAUAUUUAGUUAAUGAAAAAAACACUAUGUACCAAGAUAAACAUAUUUGUGUACAUGUACAUUUUCUAAUUUAGGGUCUUUGGUAAAGGAAAUGUGUACAAUUAUGUUUUCAUCUGUUAAGUAAAUCUUGAUACAUAGAGUUUUUUGGACACUAAACUAUCUUUUUAACUUUGUUUGAUGGUAAGUGAUUGCGUACGUAGAAGUACAUUUUCCUUUUUAAUGUACGUGGUUUAGCAAAAGCCACUUUCAAAUUAUACCACCCUGAGAUCACACGAUUGACUCAAGCUCUUUAACAAGCCCUUGCACAUAUGUCUUUAUUUUAAAUUAAAAUGCAAGCACAAAAGCUUGAUUUUUAAAUGAGAUGAGAAAAAAUGCAAAUUCCUCUUGUGUGUCUCUGUAAAUGUUGAAGUGACCAAUCAGAUUUUGCCAUCACAAACAUAAACACCAAUCAUCUAUCAGGCCACUGGCCCCUCCCUCCAGUGCGGUGGAGCAGCAUGACUCGGAUCAGUUCCCAGCUGCAUGCACAUUUUUGUAAAACAGACUACACAAAUGUUAAAAAGUAACAGAAAUAGAUAUGUGUUAGUUCAACAUACUGUAGGCCAGCUUGUAUGUUGCAUGUACUGUACAGUUUGCUUGUACUUGAAUAUAAGAGAUAAACCAAGAAAAAGAAGCCAUUUGCUUUCACUCAGACUUUUCAGAUCAGCUAAAAAAAAAACUAGUCCAUGUCCUCCAUUCGGUGCUGAAUGUUGCAACAUUUAUUUUAUUUUUUUUCUUCAAGUUUUCUUUAUAUCCCUGUGGGGAAAUGUGCUGUACUGUAACACUGAACAAAGGCUAACCUCCCUCCUGUUUUACAGAUUUUACUGAAUCAUAAUUUACCUCAAAACCACAGAAAUUAACCUAUAAAAUGUGUAUACAUCCCAUCAAGUUACUCAAGAGUAUACCGAUAUCAAAACAGAAAAUGUCAAAAAUAUAUCAUACAUACAUAACAGUAUCCAUGUUAAAUAUAAAUGUAGAUGCACAGAGACUAAUUAGCGCAUGUGUUGUAAAUAUGAGAUAACCAUGUGGUUAAGCCAUAUUUGCAAAGGGGCCAAGGCUUUCUUUUGAGAACAACCAUCCCAAUAUGGGACCGCUGAGCGGACACUUUUCUUAUCAUAUGGGUCCAAAUCUAGAGCUCUCACUGUCACUUUUAGGGGGCCGAACCACUCCGCUCUGAAGCUGUAGCCAGAUCGUCAUUUUCUCUGUGCUUUCGAGCCAAAUUCUUCACCUCUGCUAUGAACAUAAAAAUUCUGAAAAAAAGUUGAUUGUUUUUAUUCAUGAGAGACAGGUUUUUAUUUUACUUUGAUCAGUAUUCUUGGGUAGAGGGGAAAAACAAUGCUGACUGUUUACAACUUCUAGUAUGUGUUUCACUGAGAUGAUGAAAAAGAAAAAGUAUUCACUGCAACAUUUCUGUUUGUAUACAGGUGUGGCUCAUACGAUGUGUAUGUUUUAUAUUUAAAAAAAGAAAAAGAAAAAAGUUAAUUUUUAUUAUUUCCAAAUAAAAAAAAAAAAAGUGUGUGGAAGAAAUUUUCAA